AUGAAACAAAAACCACUUUUUUGUCAUCUCUUACCUGAUAUGACUAAAUAUUCAGCUCAUUUAACACCAAUGCGCAUUUUUCAAUCGGAUGAGAAACAAAAAUCUAUUCACGACUUGAACACUCAAACAGCAUCAUUCAUGUGGUUCCAGUUACUCAUCCGAAUUAUACUUACUAUGGAAAACAAUCGUGAUGAUCGUGCUAAGAAAGAUCUUAUUGAUGUCUGUCGAAAGCGUUACGAAUGUAAUAUAAUCGAACAACAGCGUAUAACAGAAUUUGAAAACAAUUAUAGAUCAGGCCAAGCGAUACAUUGGUAUACUAAAAAUAGCUUUCUUUAUCGUUCAGUGAAUAGAGCAUUUCGUACAGCGGAUAUCGAUAUCAUCUAUCAAUUUCGCUUCAUUAUUGCUGAAAUUCAUGAGCAAUUAGCGAGCUUAUCUCAUCCGUCUACUGCUAAUCUAGUCGUAUAUCGAGGUCAACUAAUUAGUACUGAAGAGAUGCGCAUAAUAGAAGCAAAUCAAGAGAAAGGUUUUAUAUCCAUGAAUACGUUUUUGUCAACUACCGAAAAUUAUGAUCAAGCCGUAGGCUUUUCUGGGGUUGGUACAGGUGUACCUGAAGGUUUGGAAUGUGUCCUCUAUCAAAUUACAAUCGGUGAAACACGUCAACCAUUUGCACAUAUUGAUGGUCUAAGUGCAAUUUCUACAGAAAAUGAAAUUCUAUUCUCCAUUGGAACUGUGUUUCGAAUUGAUAGUGUCGAAGAAUGGCCAUCUGGCUGGCUAAUCUCUCUCACCCUUACCACAGAAGUAGAGGAACGUUUCGAGAUGCUUAUGAAACAUUUUCUCGAUGAAAUCGGUCAGAAACCUACGUUGGCGAUGUUAGGUAAAUUCUUGAUGAUGCAAGGUGACUACAAUCGUGCAAAACGUUAUUUCGAAUUUCUUCUCGACAUGAAUGAAUCCGACACAGAUGAUGAAGGACGGGUUAUUUGUUAUAAAUAUCUUGCUAAUAUUUCGGAUGAAAAAGGCGAAUAUGAGAAAGCAAUGUAUUAUCACCAUCAAAUAUUGAAUAUUCAACAACGUACGCUGAACCCAGAUGAUCCGUAUUUCAGUCAAAUUUACAAUAAUAUAGCCGCUACACAAAUGGCUCUAGGACAAUACGGUGAAGCAGCUAAAAACUUUGAACUUUCUAUCUCAUAUGACGUGCAAAAUCAGUCUUAUGAUAAAAGAGGUCUGUCUAUCUCAUAUAACAAUGUGGCUACGAUGUAUACUGAACUGGGAGAUUACACAAAUGCAGCUCAUUACUAUGAGAAAGCUCUAGAAAAUCAGUUAGAACUAGGUCUAGGUGCCUUGAAGCAUCCUGAUAUUGCUAUCAUCUAUCACAAUCUGGCUACGUUGUACGACGAUAUGAAACAGCCUGAAAGAGCAAUUCAAUAUUACGAAGAAGCAUUAACAAUUGAAAAAGUUUCGCUUCCGCCGGAACAUUCCGCUCGAAUAGUGACAGAAAGCGGUUUAGCUAUGGCCUAUCUCCAAAUGAAUAACAAUACUUUAGCAUUGCAGACGUGUCUAGCGAUAUUCGAUUCUAAAUUAAAAAUACAUCCGCCCAAUUUUCCAUCGCUUUCAAAAACCUAUAUGAAUCUUGGAUAUAUUUAUCAGGAUUCAGGGGACUUUAGCAAAGCCGAGGAACAAUAUAAGAUUGCACUGCAAAUUAAUGAGUGCCAUCGUCCUGCCAAUCAUCCACAAACCGGAAAAAAACCAUCAGUUAAUUGGUGA